CUCUUGUCGUCGUCGUUUAUUUGCCUGGGAUAUUAAUUGAGAGGCGUCUCCUUUCAUCCUUCAUUUUAUUCUCUGGUUCUGCAAUCAUCAGAGCCCAUUCGUUCCUGUUCCUGAUCCAGCCCCCCCUCCGGCAGUACAGGGAAAAAAAAAAGCUUCCUACUCCGCACCGAACUUUCCAUCAGCAACUCUUCCCACCGACAUCGACCUACGAAUCCUACAGUCACAAUGAAGGUCUUUUCCAACGCAGUCACCUUCAACUACUCGUGGGAUGAGGUAUCUUCAGCCAACUGGCGAAAGUACGGGCCCUGGAACAACAAGUCGGAGCACGUCAUUGCCGUCGACACCCUCUCACGCGACGUCGACGCCGAGACGGGCAUCCUCCGCACCGAGCGCCUGAUCACCUGCAAGCAGUCAGUCCCCGACUGGAUCAAGACCAUUGUUGGCAGCACCGGUGACGAGAGCUUCGUCUACGAGGCCAGCUAUGUCGACCCCGUCAACCGCACCGUCACUAUGGUGAGCCAGAACCUGACGUGGAGCAACCUCGUCAACGUACAAGAGGAGGUCAUCUACAAGCCCCUGGGCGACCACCAGACCCAGUUCAUCCAAACGGCCAACAUCACCGCCCUGUGCGGUGGCUGGCAGCGCAUCAAGAACAGCAUCGAGGACACCCUGGUGCAUCGCUUCAAGGAGAACGCUGCCAAGGGCCGCGAGGGCUUUGAGCGUGUUCUCCUGAUGAGCCGAAAGGCCUUUGCCGAGGAGAAGGCGCGCCAGCUGAUGCUGUAAAAAAGGCAUACGCCUCAUCCCGCCGCCCGCUCCCCUAUGUUCCCUCACCGCAACCUCACACACUCUCUGAGGCUUGCGCACGACCCAUCUCCACUACUCUCAAAGACCUGUUACUGUUACACUACAGCAAAACCUGAGCUUUUUACGACGACACGGCAAUUGUAUACUUUGGCGCGAAAAAAAAAAGGGGAAAGAGAGGAUUCUUUUUUGAAGCAUUUGCAUAUUGGUCAAGGCGUUUAGAGGGGGUUCCAAAAAGUUUUUUUUUUACGAAAAGAGCUGAAGCAAACUUUUCUUUCUUUCUCUUCGCUCUCUGUUUUCACGGGCAAACAAAGCUCGUACUUGAUUUCUUGGAGUUGUUCGGUUUAUACCCCCGGUCUAUUAGACAGUCGAGAGCAUGUGAGCCCCGGGGAAUGGCCCCGGGCUCAACGCCUAGAACGGGCUUUCUUGAUAGAGUCACUGAUUAGAAUAAUUGAUCAAAGACGAAACGUUAAUGAACUCUUGAUUUGGUUUCA